AUGUCACAAAAAACUGCCCUUAUCACCGGUGCUGGUGGCGGCAUUGGAGCGGCCCUUUCUAAGAUUUACGCCAAAAACGGUUAUAAAGUGUUUGCCGUCGAUAUCAAGUUUCCUGAUGAAGUGAAAGCAGACUUCAAAGAACAAGAAAUCUCGAUCUUCCACACCGAUGUCACCAAGUCUGCAGAAAUCAAAGAUCUUAAGACCAAGCUUGUUGAGGAAUUCGGAUUGACGAAGUUGGACGUACUCUAUAAUAAUGCUGGUGUUAUUUCUGCAUUGCCUGCUACCGACUUCGGUGAUUCUGUUUUGGAUUACAUUAACGGGGUCAACUUCGUCGCUCCAAUUAAAAUGGUUAGAGAAUUCUCCAGGUUUGUUGUGAAGGCUAAGGGUACUAUUGUUUUUACCACCUCGGUCACCGGCUGGAUCCCUCUUACUUACAACUCUGUGUACGCCGCCACCAAGGCUGGUCUUGACCAAUACGCUCGUACUCUUAACAGUGAAUUGAAACCUUUGGGGGUCAAGGUCAUCAGUAUGGUAACUGGGGCUGUCGAUACUGGAAUUGGAAAACGUUCCGAGUUGCCAGAGGACAGUAUUUUUAAUACACCAGAAACCCUUGAAAAUAUUGAGUUCGAGAGAAGUUUGCUCAAGUUCGAGAAAGGAAUGGACCCUACAAUAUACGCCGAAAGAGCCUAUAUUCAACUUGACCGUGCUACCCUCAACACAUUUAGGCUCUUUGAAGGGAAGAGAGCUGGAUUAUACUAUUUCAUGUUCAAAUGGUUGCCAGUUCAGCUAAUGAACCAGUUCAUGCGUGACAGAUACAAGAACACCGGAAUUUACCCUUCGAUUUUAAAGAAAUUGGAGGCUGAAUCCGCUAAAUAA